AAAACAACAACAGCUGAUCGCUGAUCACAGAAAAAUAAAAAUAGUGAGAAGAUCCAACUUAAAAAAUGGGAAACGAACAAUCACAAAUAUCUGGAGUGAAAAUGGAUCAAAAAGCAAUUGAGGUAUCCGAUUUUUGGACGCAGCACAACGCGACCAUAAACAAUGUGCAAAAUGAAUCAAAAAUCUCCAUUUUUGCUGGAGAUCUUUUUUUGAACGAUCCUUUUUGGAACCCUCAGACGCCUCUGGAAAAGUGCAGCAAGAACAUUAUGAUUUACCGUCAUCCAUGUAUAGUGAAAUACAUAUCCUCCUGGCAAAAAGCUUGUAAGUUCUAUUUGGCAAUAGAAGAAGUUACACCUUUAUCACACAUGAUCGCUCACAUGGAUACAAUGGAAAUAUCACUUGGACUUUAUUCGAUACUCAAAGCCUUAUGUUUCCUACAUGAAAAAGCUUCAGUUUCACACAACAAUGUUUGUCUAUCUUCAAUAUUUGUUACUAAAGAAGGCAGCUGGAAAUUAGGCGGCAUGGAAUAUUUGUGCCCCUACAAGGAGCUUAGCUCUGAACUUCUCAAAAAGUCUAGGUGCCAUAGAUAUAGCAAAGCUGUCGACACUAAUGAGGAGAAAAAUUUAAAACAUUCCAGCGAGAGAAAAGAUUUUAUUGAUGUAUUUGCAUUUUGUACUUUGGUGAUUGAACUUUUAAAAAAUAAGAAUGAUGAUGAAAUUUCCAAGUUAUCAUCAUUUAAAGAGUUUUGUAAAAACAUAGUACAAGAACCAAACGUUUUACAAAGACCAACAUUAAGUUCAUUAUUAGAACAUGAAUUUUUUAAGCAUAAAUUUAUUAAUAUACAUUCAUUUCUUAUCGAGUUGCCAUUAAAAUCUGAUGUUGACAAAACUGAAUUUUUCGCUCAUUUGAAAGAAGAGUUGCAACUUUUAAAUGAAGAAAUUGUGGCUAGUCAACUUGGGAGGCUUUUAGUUUCAAGAAUGGUGCUUUUAAAUAACGGAGCUAGAAAUUAUUUGUUGCCUUACAUUUUAAUACCAAGAAAAGGUGAAAAUGGUGCUAUAUUUUCCGAACAAGUUUUUAAAAAAUAUAUUGCGCCAAAAUUAUUAAAUAUAUUUUGCGUUAGAGAUGCCCAGAUAAGGCUAUUGCUUUUAGAAUAUUUUUCACAUUUUAUAGAUUAUUUUUCCAAAGAGGAACUGGAAAUGCAUAUUUUACCAGAGCUUCUCGUUGGUAUUAAAGAUACCAACAAUGAGUUGGUAGCAUCCACUCUUCAUACCCUCGCAGAACUAGUUCCAGUGUUGGGUGCUGAAAUAGUAAUUGGAGGCAGACGAGCUAAAUUAUUCAAUGAUGGACGUCCAAAAACUCAGAGUUCUUCAAGGAAAAUUCAAGCGCAAGAACUUCCAAAACCGGAAGUUCUCGCGUCUAGUUUGGAUGAAUUAAGUGCCAAUAAUUCAUUGCUUGAAUUAAUUCAUAAUCGAAACGAAUUACCUGAACGACCAAGACCUGAUGGUGAAGAAGGUGAAACUUCAACGGAUGAAAUUGAACAAUCUGCAGAUGAAGAUAUUGAAAAUUGGGAGGAAUGGGAUAAUGAAAAUAAUGUUAUCAAUGAAAUUGAGGAAAAUAAGUGCUUUGAAUUAGAAACACUUUCUGCUGAAAUCGACUUAAUACCGAAAAUGCCAGUAAAUAGCAAACCAAAGCAAAUAAUAGACAUUACAGAAUUAGAUAUUAAAAAUCCAACAAAAAUCAAAAUAGAACAGAGUGAUAAUGACAUUGAUUUUUUCGAAGAUAUGGUACCUGUUAUUCAAACUAGUAAUAAGUUUGUGAUUGAUAGCACAGUUAGCAGCAAAUUCUGCGCAGAUAAUGGAGAUGUGAAUGAAGAUGGCUGGGGAGAUGAUUGGGAGUCAUAAUUUAUAUUACGUAGAUACAAAAAUGCUGAUUGGUAGCCUUGACUUUGUGAGGGCUGCAUUUUUUUUAAGUUUGCCAAAAAUGAGGAAUGUAAAUAAAAUAUUAGAAAUAAAUGUUUUCCUGUCUUAUUG